AGCAAUGGAGCCUCUGGACGUGUGCAUGGUUGGGACGGGGGAGUACACGACGGGUUACGUGCCUGGUCUUGAAGCGGCGCCGGAUAAACGCGUGGGAGUCGUUGGCCUUGUUUUGUUUGACCUCCGGAGGCGGGGAGUGGUUUCCUCGCUCAGUAUGGUGGGUACGAGUGGAAGGAAGUUCGCCGCGAUUCGCGACCACCUCCAGAAAGGAAUCGCAGAGCAGUACCGUGACAUGGACGUCACAUGCGACACGUUCCCGGCUGACGGCAUUGACAGAGAUCCGCAGGCCUACAAGGCGGCCAUUGACGCGUUAAAGCCAGGUAUUUACCCAUGGCCACAUCGGCGGGAAGGGUCGGGGUCACACAUGGGUAUUACUUGAGUGCAGGGUCAGGCUGCUGCAUCUUCACUCCCGAUGAUACCCACUUCGACAUCGCCAUGUAUGCCGUCGAGCGCAAGUGCCACGUGCUGGGUAAGCACGCACACGAGGCAGCUGUGUCAUGCAGUCCCACAGUUUAUUCUUGCAGUAACGAAGCCUGCUGUCAUGACGGUGGAUGAGCACAUCAAGCUGAGGGAUGCGGCGAGAAAGGUGGGAUCGACUCGCAUGCACCGAGCGGGAGCCUACUGCCCGUCACUUUCGUCUCUCUCUAUGUGGUGUGUCCGAUCAGUACAGAGUGUUGGUCCAGAUAGAACUUCACAAGAGAUGGGACCAAAUCUAUGCAGACGCGAGAGAACGGAUACGCUCAUACGGUAGAUGUGCCACUGCAUACGACUUCGAUAAAGCAUGAUUGUGCUGGCUCAUCAGGCGAUUUUACAUAUUUCAAUAGUUACAUGAGUCAACCGCAGAGCCAGCUGCAGACGUUCAAGGCAUGGGCAGGAAAGUAGGCAAACGACAACCUACACGAAGCGAUUAGAGGCAGAGUUAUCGAGCGCGUGCCAUACCUGCGCAGGUCAUCUGACAUCAGCUACUAUCUGAACUCUCACCACAUGGACAUCCACUGCUGGGCCAUGCAGGGCAGAGCCGUGCCGGUCAAAGUGACGGCUUUCGGAUCGACGGGAGUGGCGUCGGGAAAAUACGGUGAGGCGCAGACACCACUUGCCAGAUGUCUUUUAUUGUUUGAUCCUUUGUCUAGGGUGCCCUCCGAAUACCGAGGACGUCAUCACCGUUCUGUCUGAGUGGAAGAAUAUCCCUUCUGGUAAGAAGCUGCGCCGUAUGGCAUUGUGCUGAUCGCAGCUGUUCCUCAUGUAGGGAACAAGGGGAUUGCAGUGUAUACUGCUGCGUGGACGGCACCAGACAACGCGGGUAGGUGCACAGACACGGACACGGCAGUGUACGUCUCAAAUGCUCCAUGCCACGCGCCUUAGAGGUCCACUCACAGCAGCGCUUUCAGUGUCUCUGCCACAAUGGAGAAGUCAGGGUGAGCAGAUACACACUAAACAGACAGGGGCAGUGGCUGCGUCGAUGGGUGCUGCUGCAGGCUGACCAAGCUCAUCGGGGCUACGAGGUCACAGCUGAUCGAAAGUACAUGAGCGUCAACCCCAUGUACAUGAAAUACACCAGAGGUCAGCCACUGCGAAAUGUGGUUUGCCUACCAGAGGCUUACCCUGUGCCCAUUUCACUUCUCGUCAGACUCUGCUGGCUACUACGCCGGUCAGCGUGGAUAUGGUUACCUGUCGAUUGAGACAUGGGUCAACGCAUGCAGGGAUCUCAACCAUGGAAGUGAGCAUGUGCAUACACAAUGGCAAGAUUCACUGCGCCAUGUACGGCUUGGCCGAGCAGAGAAAACGCUCGAAGAAUGCCACGCGACCCUGCCAACUCUCGAAACGACACUGGAGGUCAAGAGCAAUAUCUCUCUGAAACGCGGGAUGGCCACAAUUGUGUGCAUGUGCUGCAUAUCUGUUCGUUCAGCUAACAGCGUUGCUCGAGGCUGGUCGCCGCUCUCUGGACGACAACGGAGCCAGUAUCGACGUGCAGAAACUCAUAAAGGGGGAGGAGCGGUAAACCAGUGGCCUGUGCGUGGCGGAGGGUGGAUGGGGAUACGAUACCUUCUGAAGAUGCAUAAACUCAUAGCGCAACGGCAGGCAGAGUCUGUCGGUCUCCCUCUUCCUAAAUCAAGUACACACAGCCCGACUGGCUCUACGCUGACCUCAAGGUGUUCAUUCGGCAAUUAGUCCUCUCUGUGGGGAAGUAGCCUCACGAAACCAUCGAUAACCGGGACGCACAUGCACAACCAAAGGAAGGACACUCAUCCACUACAAGACAUGGCCAUUGAGAAG